CCAGCCAGCAAAAGAGAGACCGUGGGACAAACCCUCCUCCAGAAAGCCCAGCUCAGCGAGCCUAAAAGCUCCUCUGCAGCCUGGCAGCAGAGCCCCCAGGCACCCCGGGAGGGGCCCAGUUUGUUUCCGGAUGCCUCAGACCCUCGGGAUGGCAAAAGCGACACAGAGUCCAUGGAAAACAUGAGCCUGGAUGGCUACAGACCUAGUCCCAGUGGCGUGGGGGGCAGGAGUAACUCCCUGGAGAGAGCCGCCCCUCUCAGAGAUGGAAAACAGGUUGCUGCACCAGCAGGACCUGCUGCCUCCAGCCUGACCCUCCCUAUCCGCUCCAAAAAUGCAUUCUCCGAUGGACGGGAUGCCGCCGUGGGGACUCGCAGCAGCACCUCGGUGGAUGAGCAUGAAACGAUAUUCAAGAAGAAUCCCCGGCGGGUGUUGAGGCCUGCGGACUACACCAAGUCGGUGAUCGACCUGCGCCCAGAGGACUUCAUGGAGGAAGGUGGCUCUUUGGGGGACAGGAGCAAAUCAGUCCCUGGCCUCAACACGGAGCUGGAUGAAGAGGGACCAUCAAGGGAUGCUGCCCCGGCUCAGCCCUGCCGUGUCUUCCAGAGCACGCUGGGGAGCAUGGUCAGCAUUUACAGUGAGGCCGGCGACUUCGGCAACGUCGCAGUCACCGGGGGAAUCUCCUUCUCCCUGAGCUACGAGCAGAAGACACAGACCUUGUUCAUUCACGUGAAGGAAUGUCGCCAGCUGGCCUACGGGGAUGAGGGCAAGAAGCGCUCCAACCCGUACGUGAAGACCUACCUCCUGCCCGACAAAUCCCGGCAAGGGAAACGCAAGACGAGCAUCAAACGCAACACCAUCAACCCCCUGUACAACGAGCUGCUGAAGUACGAGAUUAACAAGUCCCUCCUGCUUGCAAGGACACUGCAGUUCUCGGUCUGGCACCACGAUCGCUUUGGCCGCAACACGUUCCUGGGGGAGGUGGAGGUACCACUGGACACCUGGAACUUCGAGAGUCACCUGGAGGAGUUUCUGCCCCUGCAUGGCAAGAUUGGGGCAGACGCUGCUGGUCUCCACCAGUACAAGGGGGAGCUGGUUGUCUCCAUGAAGUACAUCCCAUCUUCCAAGCACCCAGGGGCCGGGAAUGGUAGGAAGGGCAAAACGGGGGAAGGUGGUGAGCUCCAGGUCUGGAUCAAAGAAGCCAAGAACCUCACGGCUGCCAAAUCUGGGGGGACCUCAGACAGCUUUGUCAAGGGCUACCUCCUGCCACACAAAAACAAAGCCUCCAAGAGGAAGACACCUGUGGUGAAGAAGACCCUGAACCCUCAUUACAACCACACCUUUGUCUACAAUGGCAUCAGCCCCGAGGACCUGCAGCACAUCUGCCUGGAGCUGACGGUCUGGGACCGAGAGCCACUGUCCAGCAAUGACUUCCUUGGGGGUGUCCGUCUGGGAGUGGGCAACGGUAUGAGCAACGGGCAGGCUGUGGACUGGAUGGACUCCACGGGUGAAGAGCUGAACCUGUGGCAGAAGAUGUGCCAGUACCCAGGUUCGUGGGCAGAGGGGACGCUCCAGCUCCGCUCCACCAUGGCCAAGCUGAGGCCGUAGCCUGCGGCCCCGGGUCACGGCCGAGGGCUGGCACUAAGCCACACUCGCUACACGGCCUGGCAGGGCUGCCAAACGUGAGUUGGUUGGGGGUUUUUUUUUUUUGCUUAUACUUUAAUAAACAUGACCUUCUCUAAA